AUGACAUCACAGAACAGUACUGGUAAACAAAGUAGCAAAUAUGGGUACGUGCUUAAUUUUGACUGGAAGCAUCCAUGGCCCCGCGCUCCGACGCCCAAGAAUGAAGAUGAGCGUUUGGAGGAACUGGCUCGUUAUCGAAUUCUCGAAUCCGAACCUGAUGAAAAGUUUGACAAGCUUUGCCGUAUUGCAUGCAAGGAGAUGAAGUGCCCUAUUGCGGCCGUGAGUUUUAUCGAUAAGCAAAAGCAGUGGUUCAAGGCCAACAGUGGGCUCACACAGCGUCAAAUCCCGCGGGACGUGGCACUCUGUGCACAUACGAUCAUGCACGCUAAACGUGCACUUGUGGUUGAGGAUACAUCUCUGGACGAGCGAUUCCAACACAAUCCACUCGUCACACGCGCUUCGGCCGUUCGCUUCUACGCUGGUGUGCCGAUCACUACUCCAAACGGUUAUUGCAUUGGCUCAGUCUUUGUCUUUGACGUUAAGAGCCACCAUCACGUGGAUGCCAAGAUUUUACACAAAAUUGCCGCCAAGGUGCUUAAAUAUAUGGAUGAACGACUUAAAAACAUGGCAGCUACUAAUGGCGGCGCGCUACCGCAGCCCGCCCCUAUAUCGCGGUCUAACUCUACCUUGCCGAAACGAAUUAAUGUAUCACCUCCCUCUUCGCAGGAACAGCCUGCGGGUGAGACAGUACUUAGGGAGCAACAACCGUCGGCUCCUGUAAAGCCCGAACCUGUGGCUGAACCCAUGCCGAUUCCUGAGGCUACAAGGGUUGACAGCAGCGCUAUCGUGCAAGCACAGCCAGUCCAGAAUACAAGUACAGCCAUUGAAGCACAAGGACAGGGAGGUUUGGGCAAUAUGGGCUCGAUGCUUAUGAACUUACUUGCUCGCACUACGGAAACACAGCAGCAGCUCGCAGCGCAACAAGGUGUCAUGUUUGAGACGCUUGGCGAGCACUCAAACCAAUUGGAUUCGCUGGGUCAGUCAAUGAGCAAUUUGGAAAAACGUUUUGAGCAGGUGCGACUGAAGAAAGAGCAGCAACAGCGAAAUGCGGCGAAUGCGAGCCGUAGGUCUAAGCGCAUGUAA